CAGGCAGCAUCACGCAGGGACGGAGUGAGCUGUCAUGUGCCAGCGCAGGGCUCUGACAGCUGGGCAUAAGCCUGCUGCCUGCUUGCCCAGACCUGAGACCUUUGCCAAGGGGAGAGGGAAACCGUGAGCUGAAGAAGAGGAGCCGCUUCAUGCCCUAGGAAAAGGGUUCCUCUCCUUCCCCUUGUGCCUACAGACGACCAUGACUGAGCCCGAAGACUUUGCCAGCUUAGCUGGACACUGGAACAUCUCCGACACUUACCACUUCAGCCCGGCCAGCGUCGUCGUCCCGGUCAUCUUCUCCCUCAUCUUCCUGCUGGGCGUGGUCGGCAACAGCUUGGUCCUGGCUGUGCUGCUGAGGAACGGGCAGACGGGCCACAACAGCACCAACCUCUUCAUCCUCAACCUCAGCCUGGCCGACUUCUUCUUCAUUGUCUUCUGCGUGCCCUUCCAGGCGACCAUCUACUCUCUGGAGGGCUGGGUCUUUGGCUCCUUCAUGUGCAAAGCCGUUCACUUCUUCAUCUACCUCACCAUGUAUGCCAGCAGCUUCACGCUGGCCGCCGUCUCCGUGGACAGAUACCUGGCCAUCUGCUACCCGCUGCGCUCUCGGGAGUUGCGGACGCCCUGCAACGCGGUGGCGGCCAUGGCAAUCAUAUGGGGUCUCUCCAUAGUCUUCUCUGGGCCUUACUUGAGCUACUACGACCUGAUAGAGUGGGAGUCCAGCUACAUCUGCGUGCCUGGGUGGGAAGAGUGGAGGCGGAAGAUCAUGGACACCAGCACUUUUGCCUUCGGCUACAUGAUCCCAGUGCUGAUCGUCAGCCUCUCCUACACCAGGACGAUUAAAUACCUGUGGACGGCCGUCAACCCCAUGGAGGACAUGUCUGAGUCCAAGAAGGCCAAGCGCAAAGUGACCAAGAUGAUCAUCAUCGUGACCGUCCUCUUCUGCCUGUGUUGGCUGCCCUACCAUGUGGUGGUGCUCCGCUACCUCUAUGGUGAUUUUCCGUUCAACCAGACCACCUACGCCUUCCGGCUGCUCUCCCACUGCAUGGCCUACGCCAACUCUUGCCUCAACCCCAUUGUCUACGCGCUGGUCUCUAAGCACUUCCGCAAGGGCUUCAAGAAGGUCUUCAGCUGCCUGCUGAGGAAGAAGGCCCACAACAAGGUCCACGUCAUCCACACGGCCCAGACAGUGCCCGGCUUCGAGGUGGGCUCUACCGAAGUUUCCCAGAUGAACGAGGACCACAACAGACAGGCGCAGAGGAAUGAAGUGGAUCCCAGGUGCUUCAUGAUCCCCUCGGAGGCUGUGAGGCCCCUCCACGUUUCUUAAUCUCUGUUCAAGAAGGAUCCUGCGCUUUACUGCUGAGCUAUAAGCUGGUGCUGGUGGCACAUACCAGAUAUUGACACAGAAGCCCUAAAAACCAGGUAUUUGCUUCUCACUCAACGUGACAUUGGAGAAGCAGCAUCGUCUGGAUGAAGGGCAAUGAUUUAAUGACUGCUGUACGAUCCCAGUGCAACAACCACCACCACCACACACAUGCCAAGAACGAGAAACAAUAUUGGGAGACUGGGAGAAAAGAGACUGAGAUUUGGCUGGGGGAGGGUUCCAAAGGCCAGGAAAAGGAACAUUGUAAGGCUCUGCUACUUUUCUUUACGGAACCCACUCUUCUAGGAUAUGCGUUGCCUCUCCAAAUUCCAUGACUUUCCUCUCACUGUUGUUCAAGGCGAACAGAGCAUUGAGUACACAUUUCCGAAUGUUAUUUGUACAGUUUUGGAAUUGGGCAUGAUUACCCAGCAAGCAGGAUCUGGCCUUUCAGGUCAUGGGAGGCUGGGCUGGGGUUCAUAUAGCAGACACAAGUUUUCUACAGAUUUGCUACUGAGUGUCUCCAUGCCAUGGACUUAGAACAGGUCCGGAGGAGGGUGACCAAAAUGGUAAAAGGUAUGGAUUUCAUGCCCCAUGAGGAGUGGCUUAGGGGGCUGUUUAGUCUGGAGUUCCUGCAUUGCAGGGGGUUGGGCUGGAUGGCCCUUGGGGUCUCCUCCAACCCUAUGAUUCUAUGGUUAAAGGGUGACAAGACAGACAGGUUUAAAUAUUUGAAUGGAUGUCAAGUUGAAGAGGGAGCAAGCUUGUUUUCUGCUGCCUCAGAGAUUAGGACAUGCAGUAAUGGAUUCAAGG